CCUCAGAACAUCCUGCUGACCAGCAGCUCUCCUCUGGGAGACAUUAAGAUCGUGGACUUCGGCCUGUCCAGGAUGGUCAGCAGCCAGCAGGAGAUCAGGGAGAUCAUGGGAACUCCGGAGUACGUCGCUCCUGAGAUUCUAAACUAUGAGCCCAUCAGCACAGCAACAGAUAUGUGGAGCACUGGUGUUUUGGCCUAUGUGAUGCUGACGGGGAUCUCUCCGUUCCUGGGCGAGAACAAGCAGGAGACGUUUCUCAACAUCUCCCAGCUCAAUGUGAGCUACACCGAAGAGGAGCUGCAGCAGCUGGACCAGGCCGCCCUGUCCUUCAUCCAAACGCUGCUCUGCAAGCAGCCACA